AUGAACAGCCAACCGGGUCCAUCUGAUGACGUCAUAAAGCUAUCAGAUUCUGAAGACCAAAUUGACGAUGAUGACAUUCGAAUAAUUACAGCUACAGUAAGACCACCAUCCGCCGAGCAAGUUCCAGAAGAUCCGAGGACCGAACGGCACACGAUGGACUUGAUGGUCAAAAAGGACGAGCCCACGUCUUCUCCUCAACCGAGCACUUCUAGAGUGUCAUCUCGUUCAGAUCAGAGAACAGAAAUCCUAACCUCCCCGAUACGCCAAUCCUCGGUACCGGCGUCUUGGGUUACUGUAGUUCAUGAUGCAGCUCGACAAUCGUCAGUUCCAGCGACGACUGAGCCAAGUUCAUCUGAUCCCAAAAAGCUUGAAAUCUCAUCUGGAACAACAAAGUUUCUUCGAAAUUUUCUGGAUAAAGGUGGCUAUCAAUUCAAGCCAUUUCGAGAGACGGCGCAAAUGGAAAUUGAUGACGUGGAAGAUUCAGAAGACGUCCCAGAAUCUCCGAAAAAGCCAAGAAUGGGUUUUAAGGAUGCCAAUGGGACUUCAAGCUCUUCCAAAAAAGCUGACGAUCAAAUUCGAAGGUCCCGAAGUUCAGAAUCACAGAAAUCCGAGACUCCAGAUGCGCUUUAUGAGCAGGAAGAGGAUUCUGAAGAUGCUGGAACUCCAGAACUCAAAAAGGAAGAUCCAGAAAUCGGAGAGGACAAUUCAGAUGCUCCAAAUUGCUCAGAUUUCAAGAAUGAAACUCUAGAAGACGUGGAAAUGGAAGAAGCAGAGUUUGAGGAUUCAAAAACAUUCCAGGAAUUUUCUUCCGGAUCUAGAGACGUUCCAGAAGUGCCAGAUGGUUCAAAUGAAGCUCCAGAAUUCGAAGUACAAUAUUCUGAAGGCCCAGAAUCUUCAAGACCCGAAUUCCAAGGAACAGAAGAUUUCACAGAAGAGGAUGCUCCAGAAUUGGACAUUUAUGAAGAUUCAGGACCUUUUUACCAUUCUCCAAACAUCCCAGAUUUUUCAGAAUCCAACAAUUUCGUUGGUUUAGAAGAACCAAAGAAUUCAGAAGACCCUAGAAAUUCUACAGAAGCCGAUGAACCAAUCUUCGCUCCGAAAUUCGCUCAUCCAGAAGAACUAGAAGACCUGGCGAUUAUUCAGAAUCCUUCUAGAUCCUUAACACCUUCAUCUUCCAAAUACUCCCCUGUCAUUGACACUCCACCAUAUGAGAGAGAAGAUUCUAGAAGUUCUAGAUCCUCCAGAAGUUCCACAUCACCAAAAAAGAGUAUUCCAAGUGUUCGGAAGGCUCUUUUAUUCUCAAUUCCUCGAAAUUCAGAGUCUUCUGAGGAUUCUAGAGACUCAGAAUCUUCUAGAAACAACGUUUUCAAAGCCGUGGUUUUUCAAUUGCCUUCAAGAAAUGAGUCUUCUGGAUUGACACAGGAUUUUAACGAUAUUCAAAUGCCAACGUCUUCUGGAGAAUCAUCCAGAAUUCUAGAGUUGGAAUUGAAGAAUUCAAAUGAGCCAAUGGAUGCCUACAAUUCCCCGAAUCCGAAUCCAAAUGAUGAAACAAUGCCAAUGGACUCUUCAGAAGAUCAGAGUUCAGAAGACGUCAGGGUUCCAGAAGCUUCAGAAAACUUACAGAAUCCAGAAAAUAAGAGAUCACAUCAAAGAAAAAAUCCGAGGCCAGCAGCUGAAGGGAUUCGAAAGAGUCGGAGGAUCAUUGGAAGAGAAGAGCCGCCGAAAGAGGAGGAAGAGGAAGAAUUGAUUGCUAAUUUUAAGCGAGUGGAGGUACCGUACACUGAUCGCGGUGUCAUCGUCCCCACUGGUCUAUCUCACACUCCUUUCAGUUUUAAAGAAAAAUUUCCGGAUCUCAAAAUGGAUCGUCUCAAGGAUCAGUUGACAAUCGAUAUGGAGCCAGUGUUCACUCCAGCUUCCACCUCCUCAAAAUACGAUUCUCCAAGAAUUACAGGACAAAAAAGGUCCCUUUCUCCAGGACCUGUUCGAAAACUUCUUCUUCAAAGAGGUGGAAAACGGGCUGUGAGAAUAGGUCCGGCAUAUCAAACCGCGGUUUCUGGAAACCCAAUUUUGUCAUUUGGGGACCCAGAUCCAGAGGAUCGGGAUCGAGAAAAGGCCAUUUUCAUUCCCCUGGACAACACAGAAGACACAUCAAAACGUGCGCAGACUUGGAAGAAGCAUCAAGACUAUUUCUAUCGAAUGUGCCAUGAAAUUUAUUGGAGAGCUAUCUGGCGCCAAUUUGAGAGCCAUAUUCCUUAUGAAACUGCUUUGGAGCAUCUUUUGGAGUGUAAAUAUGACUUUUGCAAAGCACUGGAAACGAUUGAUCAGAAGUUGAAAGUGUUGCCGCAGGAGACGAAGCCGUUGUGUAUGGCUCAGGCGAAAUUGAUGGCAAAUUUGGUGAAGAAUGAGAAGAUCACGAGGAGAAUGUUGCAGGAGAAAGCGAUGCGCAACUACCAUCUCGGAGAAGUCCAAAAAAUUCGCUACCUGUUCACCCGCUUUUAUGGUCGUCAAGAAUGGCUCGGUGUCCCAUGCAAUUGCAACGAUUUUAUCUGUAUGGAACUACACUUUGAGCCACGUGUCAGUUGCACGAAUUGCAACAAGAAGUACCGAAAAAAGAUUCGUGGUGCUCGAGAUAAGCUCUGUAUGAUUUGUGAGAGUUAUGUGAAAGUUGGUGGCACAAAACGGCCGGCAAAUGAUGUUGUGUAUACGGAUAGGGAGUUGAAGUUUCUGGAAAAUUGGGAACGGAAAGAAUCGGAAGUCGGAAGACGGUUGGAGAGGGAAGAAGCAGAAGUUUUGAUUCAAGAAGAGACAAAUGCCCGGUGGAGACAAGGAGAGCUAACUGAUGAGGAGAGAGAUAUGUUGGAUUAUAAGGAUUUGCGGAUCCAAAAUCGAGGAGGGAAACAUCGGUACAAUAUGGAUGAGCAGAAGAUUCGAGCCGAGAAAAUUGUCUCUCAACUUCAACCAUUCAUCUUUCCACACUUCUCCAGAUGUCAGUGUAAAGUGUCGGGAAGUGUGCCGAGGCAUUCGAAAAAUGCCGAAAAGUGGGAAUGGGAUGAGGAGGAGAGACGUAGAUGGAGAGAUUUGAUUGUGGAGUAUGACGGAAAUCAAUCAAUGGUCGCCGAGAUUUUCGAUGUGGAACCAGGUCUGAUUGAGAGGUUCAUGCAGGUUUAUCCAAGGAAUCAUAAGAUUUGGAAGGAAGAUCCAACAAAGAAAUUCGUCCGCCUACACCGUCGUCAACAAUUUCCAUCUAUAAAUUUGCCGCCGUUUCUACCGGAUGGAGACUCUCAAAACAGUUCCAGAGAUGGAUCACCGUACCUGCCUCCAGAAGAGAUUCGAGCGGCUAAGAAGGCUAAGAAGAAGUGA